AUGCCACCUCCAACCGCAUACUCCAACUCUGCCAAGUCCAUUCUGGAGAGUAAAAGGAGAGAAGAAGCCAAUUCUCUCUAUGAAGAGAUGCGGUAUUUAAUGAAGUGCACGGAUCGCACGUCGUAAGUUGUUUUUUUGCUGUUUUUUAUAUUUCCAAUUUCAUUUCUCGUUUUCAGAAUGGAAGACACCGUGGUCCGAGCCGUAGAAACAGUGACGGGAAAACCGUUCAACCCGGUCCUUUCAUCUGCGGCGACCUCUGAUGAAGUUGGGCCGAUCAAGCAAGACAGGAAGCUGUCGAAUGCCAAGAAGGAACAAUUGCGUCGGGACAAGCUCAGUCUCGGGAUGGAUGCUCUGAAAGCGUUCAUUCUGGAGAAUAAGUUGGGAACGAACCAACAACGGUAAGUGUAUACUUAUGCAUUCCCAUUGAGACCGUAUUGUGUUUCAGGAGGAAACUAGAGCGUCUGACCGUUCUCCGAAUCACCUGCGAACAUCUCCGUGCCACUUCCACACCGGCCAGCGUCUCAUCCGACAAUGGGACCACUUCCUCUUCUUCUUCUUCUUCUUCUCCUCCAACCUCCACUCCACCCAUUGCUGCACCGAUCGGAUCACUGCCACUUGUACCGAUGAUGCUCCCGUUCAUCUUCCCACUCAUUGCUCCGUGGACGUUCCCAAUGCUGCCGACUCUUGCUCUUCCUGCUUUCCCAGUCUCUGCUCCGUCCAUCCUAAAUCCGUCUGUUGUCGCUGUCGACGAGGACGAAGAUGUUGACAUCGUCACUCGGUAA